AUGAGAAACGAAAUGAGUGUGGGACCACCAUCAGAUAUCAGAAAAGUAUCGAUACGUUGUCGCGAUGUCUAUCGGAAAUGUCGAGAGGCGGGUGCGGAAUAUGAGGAGAUCAGACGGGAAGUGAAGGGUUUGUAUGGGGUUGUGAGGGAGUUGAAGGAAGAGGAGGAAGAGAGGAAUGGGGAGUGGGAUGAGGGGAAUUGGGGAAGGGUGGAGGGCAUUAUUGGGGAUUGUGAGAGGACCCUUGGACAACUUGAUGGAUUGUUGGGGAGGUAUGGGAGGAAUGGAGGGGGAAGGUUGGGGAGUAGUGAGAUGGAUCAAUUGGGUGGGAUUCGAGUGAGGUUGAUUUCGCAUAAGAAGAAUAUAUCACAGUUUCUCGAUUCGCUACUACACGAUGAUGAAGAUGGAGAUGCAAAGGAAGAAGAAGGGUUAGACGGUAAGGGAGAAUUGGAUAUGUUGUUGGAUAAGGUGGAUGAUAUUGCAGCGGAUAGGAGUCGGAGGGUUGGGACUUUACAACUGAUGGGUUCUGAGGAUGAGGAGGACAAUAUGCGGAUUUGGAAAUGGUUCAGGAGGAUUCUAAUUGAAGAUGGGGUCAACAAAGUAGUUUUGGAACGGCAUAAGGAUGUUCUAAUUGCGUAUAUACGACAAAUGGAACAAGAUGGGCUAUUAAUCGAAAACCCAUCUGCAUCUACACCUCAAACCGGCCCAAGAACUCCUCAUAAAAACCGAUGGGAUUCUGCAUCUUCCAAAUCAUCUCAUACACAAGCAGCACCAGGUUCAUUCGAUAAUACCAAUAUCAAUUUACGGCGCAAUGACCCCGGAGCAAAAGAAUUGAUCCAACGAGAAGACAAUAUAAAAUUCCCUCCAGCGAUGAAAUUCCAAAGACCCAAACCCGAAUUUCUCGUCGACUCCUAUUCAUAUGCCGGACGAGAUAUAUCUUCGACAGCUCAUCGACAAUUAUCACCCCCUUUAACUCCCAAAAUCUCAACCACAGACCUCGAUGUAUCAGAGACCCAAUCCCGAAAGGAUAUUAACGGCUCAAAAUUAAACUCUGAUGAUAAUACGUCAUCGAUGCAUCAGACGAUAUCACGAUAUCCAGUUAAUUCGAACCAUAAUAAUACUUCAAUAAUUCAAACCUCGGAUCUUCUUUUGCUUCCUUGCUUUACAACAAGUAAUCCUCAACUUCUUCCACCUUCAUCUCCGGGAAGUUGGAAUUCGAAUUCAAACUCAUACUCAUAUCUCAAUGAACCUCCCAACGAACACAUACAAUCACCUCAAUUGAAAAAAAUGACACUACGACCAAAACAUAGCUUGGACCCUGUCCAGAAAUCAUCACCUCGUACCAGUGGUGUUCGAUUCGAUCUUCCUGAUGAAUCAUCAAAAAAUCACAAAUCUACACCUAGUACUGGAAAUAAUCCUCACGAUUCUACCAUUCCAAUUCCCAUUCCUACUUCUAUUCUAAAGUCGAAAAUUGCACCAGAUUCAUCUGGUCACGAAAUUCCUCAAGACGCAAAAUGGACAAAGGUCAAACGAUCUUUGAUAUCACCAGAAGUAUUGAUGAAAGAUGGGAGGAGAUUCGAAGCCCGACCCGAAUUCGUAGCUAUCUUAGGAAUUCUAACAAAAGAGGAAAUUCAACAAUAUGCUGAGCGUUCACAUAUUUUGAGAGAAGAACGCUGGUGGAGAAAUCAUCCUGAGCAGAGAGAAAGAAGAGAGAGGAGUAGAAGGAGUGAAAGAGGUCGGAGGAGUAGAAACUCAAAGGAAGAGGAGAGUCCUUCUUGCAGUUCCACUUCUAGUUCAGAGAUGAGCUCGGAUUCAGAUUCAGAUUCAGAUACAAAUGAUCACAAAAGACGUGGUGAUAAAAGAAAUGGGGACGCAAGAGGAAAAGAUAGAAGAGGUGAUGAAUGGGAAGAGAGGAGAGAAAGAGGAGAAAGUAAAGGAAGAUCGGAAAGAUAUAAUCGCAGAGAAAGAGAUCGUGAAGCAAAUUAUACUUUUGCUCCUCAAUCACAAUCACAACCUCAACCUCAAAAUUUCUCUCCCUCGCCAUAUCCUGCAUUGAAUAACUCACUUCCAGCAAGAGGUAUGGAUAUACCCGGAACAAAUCAAACACCAAAUGGAUACGCACCUCCUCCAGGUUCUUUUCCCGGACAACAAAAUUAUCCACAACAAGGAUAUCCACCACCUCCACAACAACAACCUCCUUACCCAACACAAAAUCAAUUUCCUCAACCUCCAUACCCUCAAGGACAAGCACCUUCCCCACAAGUAAAUCAAAAUCCAUAUCUCUCACCAAAUCCCUACGCUCCUUACUCUACUUCUCCGCCUGGCUCCUCACCUACCUAUCCACCCCACAACUCUCGACAUCAUCAUCAUUCCCAUUCGCAUUCUCAUUCUCAUUCUCAAUCUCGCUCUCCGCAUUCUCAUUCGCAUUCUCAUCACUCUCGCUCCCGUCGUUCUCGUGAUUUAGAUCCUAGAUCUUCAGAUCCGAGAAGACAAAAUUCGGGAACGGCUAGUACGAGUAAAUGGCGGGAUCAUCUUGCGGCGGCGGGAAUAGGUGGAGGGUUGGGGGGUGCGGCGGCGGGGCUGUGGGAGGUGUUGAGUGAAGCUGCGGAGGGGUUUUAGGGUUA